AUGAUGAGUCUAGCACGAGGCACCAAAUGGGCGGUGAUCUUCACCAAGGGGAAGCAAACCCCAUUUAGCACAUUCCGAGGGUGGAAGAAAAAAGACAAAUAUGACGACUUGGAAAAUAAACACCUUUACUGGUCUAUUAACAACAUGAAGAAGGAAUUUCUGGAGGGAGAAACGGGUGACAAUUUUGUUCACUCCAUCGAGAAGGACAAAAUGGAAGAGCACAUUUCAGAUAUAGUGGGGAUUAAUUCUUCCAUCCCGGAUAAUAAGACCAUAAAUGAAGGCAUGGAGAAAUGCUUACCAAGGGAGGGAAGCAAAGGGGAGUACAUUCCAAAGGACAAGUUGGAAAAGAUAGGUCAGAUUUUUAACCCGACUUUAAAAAUGUUUGUAGAUAAAGAGGAGGAAGACGGUGAUUUAUCCGUCAGUUCUCUGAUGAGAGGCUCCAAAUGGGGGAAGUCACAUUCCAGCGGUUCGGAAUUUCUCACGAAUUCUCCCCCGGGGGGGAUAAAAAGGGAAGUCACAAGUGGGGAUGCAAUACCUGAUGAGUUGGAGCCAAAUUUGAAAAGCAACUAUUUGCAGGUUAAAAGACCUAACUGCAGAAACGGGGGGAAAAAUAAACAGAAAGAUGCAGUUGCCAACACAACCAAGGAGACCAUCACUGAAGAGGAAUACAACUUCCCCCGCAACGAUCAAAAUAAAGAGGACUCCAUUUUCAACUAUGAAAGUCUGAAAGGGAAGGGACUAUACCAAGAUUUAACACACGAUGAAUACCAACGCAUGAAUGACUUGUACAUUAAAAAGUGCGACGUGGACAGAAAAAUCAGGUGGUUCAAAAUGAGCAGCAUUCUUAACCCCAUUAAAGAAGCAAAGAGCAUUGUAAAUGCACAACGAUUAAGUGAGGACGAUAAGGGAAAGAAAAGGAAGAAAAAUAUGGAAGAGGGGGAGGACAGUAUAGAAGGGGAAGAGUCUAUUACCCAAGUGGGAAGCACAAAAGGGAUGGAAGAAUUCCCCCUAGAAGAAGAUAUCAAACCGUAUUACCAAGAGGAAGGAAACUUCUCUCAAAAAAUAAAAAAAAUAUGUGAGCAAAACCAGUAUGAUGAAAUCGUAUCGAGAAUUCGCAUGAAAAUCAGAAAAGAAAAAAUGGAAAAUUCAAAAAUAAUGAAAGAAAAAAUACCAAACGUAGCUAGACAUAUUUUAGAUCCGAUAAAAUAUCAUGUCAAUAGAAGAAGAGUACGGACGGAGAAACUUCUACACACUCACUUGGAGCAGUUACUAAAUUGUAACAAUGCGUAUUUCCGCUUUUAUUUACUAAACGGCUUGUCCAUUUCGAUUCACCACUUGGAAAUGAAGUCGACGAGAUCAUUAUGUAAAAUUGUGUAUACCUUAUUAAAUAAAAACAUCCAUCACGAUAUGAUAAAGGAUAAGUUGGACAAAGUUGCCUUUAUUUUGAGGAAGUUACUAGCGAGAAAACUUCAGCUGGGAUAUACUCCCCCUUUGAAAUUUGUUCCCUUACAGGAGGAACACGAAAAGAAAGUGAAAAAUUUGCAUUAUUAUAAACUAUAUGCAAAAUAUAACUACCCCACUUUGGACACUUCGAAUGUACGCGAGAGGGGCGCGCAGCUGAUGGAUUUUUAUGGCAAAGAUUUGGCCGGCUUUUGA